AUGUACAGCCUGUUAGAGAAAUCAGACAUCCACACAUCAUCCUGUGCCCUAGCCUUGGAAUGGAGCGGCUUCCGGACCCUUCAAAGGCUACUUCCCAGCUGCACCACAGAGUAUGGGAAGGCUUGGGAGGCCUCUUUCUCCAUGGCAGAAUUUCUGUUGCCAGAGCUACAGGGUGAAGGGUCAAAAAUGAAAAUGGGGGCAGAUAAGCAGGGACCACUGAGGUCGGAGUGUCUUCUGGAAGUACACAGGCUGUCCUUACCUCUUGUCCUGAACUUGCCCUGUAUCCAGUUCAGGCAGGAUCCACUCCAGGAGUUAAUAAUCAUACAUUCUUUCCUCCUUUCCCUGCUCUACAGGUUCGGAAUAAAUUGCCUCAUCCAGUUUGAAGACUUUGCCAAUGCCAAUGCCUUCCGUCUACUCAACAAAUACCGCAACAAAUACUGCAUGUUCAAUGAUGACAUCCAAGGCACAGCCUCUGUCGCUGUGGCAGGGAUCCUGGCUGCACUGAGAAUCACCAAGAACAGGCUGUCCAAUCAUGUGUUUGUUUUCCAGGGUGCGGGUGAGGCAGCCAUGGGCAUUGCCCACCUCCUUGUCAUGGCCCUGGAAAAGGAAGGCAUACCCAAGACAGAGGCCAUAAGGAAGAUCUGGAUGGUGGACUCCAAGGGUCUGAUUGUCAAGGGUAGAAGCCACCUAAACCAUGAGAAGGAGAUGUUUGCCCAAGAGCAUCCUGAAGUCAACUCCCUGGAGGAGGUAGUAAGGCUGGUGAAGCCCACGGCAAUUAUAGGUGUCGCUGCCAUCGCAGGAGCCUUCACGGAGCAGAUUCUGAGGGACAUGGCCUCCUUCCAUGAGCGCCCUAUCAUCUUUGCCCUGAGCAACCCCACCAGCAAGGCUGAGUGCACAGCUGAGAAGUGCUACCGGGUCACCGAGGGCCGAGGAAUCUUUGCCAGUGGAAGUCCUUUUAAGAGUGUGACUCUGGAAGACGGCAGGACAUUCAUUCCUGGUCAGGGAAACAAUGCCUAUGUGUUUCCUGGGGUAGCACUGGGCAUCAUUGCUGGUGGGAUCCGACAUGUCCCAGAUGAAAUUUUCCUCCUGACAGCAGAGCAAAUUGCCCAAGAAGUCUCUGAGCAGCACCUGUCCCAGGGGAGACUGUACCCACCUCUCAGCACCAUCCGAGAUGUGUCUCUGAGAAUUGCAGUCAAAGUCCUCGACUAUGCGUACAAACACAACCUGGCCUCCUACUAUCCAGAGCCCAAGGACAAGGAGGCUUUUAUAAAAUCUCUGAUCUACACUCCAGACUAUGACUCCUUCUCGCUAGACACCUACACCUGGCCUAAGGAAGCUAUGAGUGUUCAGAAGGUCUGACACCGUCUCCAGAGAUUGUUUGGGCUCAAUGAAGAAAUACAAUAUAAACAGGUUCCAAAAUGGCCAGUCUUGUCACCAUG